AUGACAACGAGAUUUGCUGAGUUUAUUUGCUCCCCAUUAACACAUAUUCUUAACGAAUUCAUACACAUCAAUGAAUUUCCACGUAUUUGGAAAUCUGCAAGAAUCGUGCCUAUAAAUAAAGUGCCGAAUGCUGUCGAAAUUUCAGAUUUUCAACCGAUAUCAAUACUGUCCUCUUUAUCCAAAGUAUACGAAAAGAUUGUGUUGAAACAACUUAUAGAAUUCAUCGAAUCAAACAACAUCUACAAGGAUACUGUUAAUGGAUUUCGUAAAGGUUGCAGCACAAGUACAGCACUUAUGAAAUUGAAAGACGAUAUCAAAAAAGCUAUGAAAGCCAAUGAAGUCACAUUAAUGGUCUUGAUAGACUUCUCGAAAGCUUUUGAUACUAUCUGUCACAACAAACUUAUCAAGAAAAUGGCUUCACAAGGUUUUUCUGCACAUUUUCUUACUUGGACACUUUCUUAUCUUUCGGAUAGACAACAGUUUGUGCAAAUUGAUAGCAAUACUUCAAAACAAUUACCAUCAUUAUUCAAAGUUACCGCAAGAUCAUGUAAACCAGCAAAUAUUGUGAAUACAGAAAUUUCCAUUAAGGAUACACUAAAUGAGCUUGACAAAUGGGCCGAAGAAAAUUCUCUUGCGGCUAAUGCAUUCGACGAUCAAGCUAGGGAGUACUCACUCAAUCGUGUUGGGACUUGUUCACUAUUGGGACUAACAAUUGAUGAACACUUUAAAUGGAACGCACAAAUCGAUAAAACUUUGAAAAAAUGUUAUGGGAAAAUAUCUGUGCUACGAAAGUUGAAGAACUUCACAAGCUUCAGACUACGAAAACAGUUAAUUGAAACCUUAAUUUUUUCUCAAAUUGAUUAUAACGACUUUAUCAUGUCGCUGACUGAAGCACAAAUGAAAAGAUUACAAAAACUUCAAAAAGUUGCAUGUAGUUUUGUUAUUGGACGUUAUGCCAAAAUUCAAGAUAUCAUCAAAUUAAAAUGGCUCCCCAUAAAGGAACGUCGUGAAUUCAACUUAUCGAAACUAACGUACAAAGCCAUUAAUUUCACCAACUGGUCAAGUUCCUGUAAAGUAAAUGUACGUAUAAAGUGA